GGAGUGCAUGUAGUAUUUACGAUGUCACCAUUCAUGUAAGUCACGUUUUAUUUUGUCUUUAUUAACAUAGUUUCAUGGUUUAAGAUAUGUGGAAGGAAAAAAUGAAGGGAUAUUUAAUUGUCGUUAUGUUGGUUUGUGGAGGAUAUUCGGUAAGAGUUUGUAAAAACUUCAAUGAUUAUAAGGAUCCAUUCUCUCCAAACUGUUAUAGCAACCCCGAUGGAGAAAGAAACAUAACAGAAAACAUUGCCUCUUGGGGUUUUCAAGUGGAGGAACAUUAUGUUACCACAGAAGACGGAUACAUUUUACUUCUAAUUAGAGCCUACUAUCAAAUAUUUCGUCCAACACCACUGAUACUUGGACACGGUAUUUUAAUGAACGGUCAAGGAUACACAUUAAGGGGAAACGAAUCUUUAGUCCACGUAUUGGGUUCACAAGGAUAUGACGUUUGGAUUAUUAAUUUCCGAGGAACUAAAUAUAGUUUGGGGCAUACACAUUUAUCUCAUAAAAAAUACGAAUAUUGGGACUAUAGUUUGGAUGAAAUUGGAAGAUAUGACGUUAAGGCUGUAUUAGACCGUGUUUUACUACAAACAGGACAACAAGCUAUCUAUAUAGGUUAUUCAAUGAGCAGUAAAGCCGCUUUAAUAUAUGGUACUACUUAUCCACAUCUUGCUCAAUAUCAACUGAAAGCUUUAAUAACACUAGGUCCCACAGUGUUUUAUAUAAAUUCAACAACAAUUUUUAAUUUACAAAUUCCAUUUAUGAAAUUGAUACGGACAUUAGAUAAAACUGUUUUUCAAGGAUCUUUAUAUUCGCUAUUCGCUAAAGUGAUGCCAUUGUGUGUUUUAAAUAAAGCUUCGAUGGUGUUAUGUCAAGUUGUUAACAAUUUAGCUUUUGGAGAAGACAGCGAACAAAUAGAUCCAUUACUUGCUCCUGUUUUCUUUAAGCAAUUAGCAGAUACCAUAGCUUCAAAAGUUUUCGAGCAUAUGUCCCAAAUAUCAGUGUCAGAAAAAUUUCAACAUUUUGACUAUGGAUCCCAGGAAAAUUUAAUCAAAUAUGGACAAUCCAAACCACCUGCUUAUGAGUUAAGCAACUUUCCAGUUCCCGUGUCCUCGUGGGUUGGUUUAAAUGAUGCAUUUUCAACAUUACCGAGUGCUUUUAAAUUGCAUUCAUUGUUAAGACCAGAACAAUCGUGCAGUAUUAACGUAAUCGAACACCAAAAGUGGAACCACCUGGACUUUUUCGAAGCCAAAGAUAUUACAAAACUCCUGUAUAAAAGACUUUUGCCAGUCAUUGAAAAUUUAGAAAUACAAUAUUGUGAAUAA